CGCAGCUUCAGUCUGCAGCCGUAGGUCGUGCAGCGCGGAUCGGAACAGUUUGCCUUGCGGUGUGGGUGAGAGCGCGGCGCCGCCAUGUCGCGGAAGCUGCUAAAGUUCCUCAUCCUGUUCGACAACACGAACCUACUCUACUUCCCCGGGCAGUUCCUGUCGGGGCGCGUGCUCAUGGAACUGGAAGAUGAGACACCUGCUCUGGGUCUGCACUUCCACGUGGUGGGCGAGGGCGUGGUGCGGCUGAAGGGAGCGCGCGCUGCACGCAUCUACGAGAGGGAGAGCUACAUAGACUUCCGCAUGCGCCUGCUGGGCGAACCAGGCCAGCGCGGCGCCGUGAUGCUGUCUGCGGGCAUCCACAGCUUCCCGUUCAAGCUGGGCCUGCCGCUGGGGCUGCCCUCGACGUUCCUGGGCCAGCACGGCUGGGUGCAGUACUUCUGCAAGGCGGCGCUGCGCCAGCCCUCCGGCCUCACGCACAAGAACCAGCAGGUCUUCAUCGUCAUGAACCCCAUAGACCUCAACCUCGAGCCCGCCGCACUCGCCGAGCCGUUCCAGUGCGAGGUGGAGCACCAGCUGGGCGUGCGCUGCCUCAACUCGGGGCCCGUCGUUUGCCGCGUCUCGCUGGACCGCGGCGGCUACGUGCCCGGCGAGACCAUCGGCAUCUCGGCCAGCGUGCACAACCGGAGCCGCGUCACCAUCAGCUCCACAAAGGCCUGCCUCACCGAGACAAUCCAGUAUGUGUCACGCAAUAAAGUGGUGCAGACAGAAACUCGUGAGCUGGCAGCUCUGAGUCGCGGUAAGGUGCGGCCCGGGGACUCGGACGAAUGGCGUGGGGAGCAGCUGUACGUGCCGCCACUGCCGCCCACCAAUCUGCGUGGUUGCCACCUAAUUAACGUCCAGUAUGAUGUCUAUUUCAUCGUAGAACCAAAGAGCCUGGAUAAGGAGAUUAAGGUGCAACUACCCAUCAUGCUUGCCACAUAUCCAUUUAGAAAUCAAGAGGGCACACUGCAGCGUAAACAGGGCACCCACUAUCCAUCAACACUGCCCAUUUUCCGACCAUGGCUUGAAGAGAAGACAUUUGACUGAAAUAGCACUGGUAAAGACUGUGCUUGCGAAUUUGUCAUAAAUAACAAGUGCACUUCUUGUGAAGUCCUUCAUUUAUUGCUGUGAUCCGAUAUGUAGACCCAGGAUAUAUGCCUGUCUGAAACAGUGCAGGUCACUGUACUAACUGUUUGCAAUGCUAGAAAGUUUCUACCCAUAGUAAAUGAUCUCUUGUAAUCAGUUUACUAGACACAUUUUGAUUAGCAACUGGAGUGCAUGAAAUGUUUUUUCAAAGGCAGUUUGAGUAUUAUUCAUCAAAUGUUAAAAACACUAAGCAAUGUAACAAGAGUUAUUUAAAUAAAUAACUAAUAUUUAGUGGUUUAGCUUUAAAAACAAUACCAACAGAACAGCAUUAUCAUUUGUGAGGUCUGUUGUCUCAUGUACAUGUGAAUACACCACCGUAAAUUAAUACUUAAAAAAAACACACCCACAUUUAUGUUCUUAAUCCUAACUAAACAUGUAAUAAGUGAAAGUAUUUAUUGUACAAAGUAACAAUUCAUUUAUCAAGGAAAAAGUUUGACACAUUUAUUUAGUAUAUCUGUCAAUAUUAUUAGCAUCAUAGGACAGUGUCAUUAACUGUAAUAUUGACCUGUAACAACUAUCAUAUCAUUGUAAUACUUAUAAACUAGUCUUCAGUCAUGAAUUCUACUUUUCAGUUGAAAGUGUUUAUUCUAAUAUUGUGGAUAGAAAUGUAAAACUGGCAGGAAAGAAAUUGUUUCAGAAACUUUAUAUAUUUCUGUACAUAUGUGCCAAUUGUUAGGAAUCAAUAUAUCUAGAGUUAAUUCUAUUUGUUUUACAGCUACUAAAUUAUUAUUAUUAUUAGUAUUAUUAAAUGUAUAUUGAAAGAAAUUUUUGUGAAUUAUCAAGGAAUCUAACUGUGAAAGAAAGUUGUAGUGGAAUAUAAAUAAUAGGAGGAGUGAAGGUAGCCACUUACUGUAUAGUUGAAGUGUUGAACUGUCAUUAAGUACACAGACAAAUUGAAAACACCAAAGUUUAACUGUGUCGUGAGUAGUUACCUUUAAUUCUUCCAUUAUUUACCAAGGGAUUCUUCAACUGUAAGGCAUAACCAUGUGUAACUUUCAUUUUGUAAGUAAGAGUAUGUGGGAGGAAUUACAAUGUUUAUGUGGUCUGUUUAUCCAGAAAUAGUCACAAACAAGGAACAAAACUAUGAACCACUAUGGUUAUCCCAGGCAUCCACAAGAGGGGGAACUGUCUCCACCCCCCCCCCCUCCCGUCCCACUCCCCCCUGCUGGAUGAGAGGAUAACCAUCAAUUCCCUGGGAUAUAAUAAGUUUUUUUGUGUCACCUAUAAGAUUUAGUUCUAGUGACGUGACAUGUUAGAAAUGACAAAAUCAUUUAUAUGCAAAAUGACAAUUUUAGAGU